AUGAAUGCCGUAAAAGUACCAGAACAAAAAAGGAAUUCACUUUCGUCUUCUUUGAGCGAAGCGGAAAAAAUCUCAAGAAUUACAACGAAAAGUUGUCAGAAAGUGAUUAGACCUGAAGAAAUUGUUGAAUCCCAAGAAAUGAAUGGAUUAUUAGAGCUGAUUAAAUCUGAGGAAAUUGAUAAGUCUCAACAAGUUAUUGAUGCUCGAGAAAUGGAAAAGUCUCAGAAAGUAGAUAGAUUUCGAGAAACGAUUAAACCAUCAUCACUGGAGACAUCUUUUACUGCUGAGGAUGUAACAUCGCACGUUUUAUCAUUCAAGUGUUUUUUUUGUGAAGCAUAUAUAUUUACUCUGCAAAGUUUUAUUAUUCAUUUGAAAAGUUCGCAUCCAAAUGAAGAUAUAUCAGAAAUACUCAGUGAUCAGUUCCGUUCUUGUAUAACAUCGGUAGAAAAAGAAAAGAUUGUAGUUGUUACAUAUGCUUUUCCUUGUCGAAGUGCUGAUUCUCAUUCGAAUGCAAAUCAUGAUAGAUCAUCAAAUUCCGAUGUGUCGAUAUGCUCGCAGAAAAGUAUCACAAGCUGUUGCCAUAGUAUGGAAGAGUGUGAGAAAAAGGAUUCAGCCUCAGCUGAUGACGCAUUAGAUAUACCGACAGCACUGUCAUCAACUUUGCACGAAUUUAAAGCUGAUAGUUCGGUUUCACAAGAGUUUGUGUGGCAAGCUCGCAGUACCCAGAAACCGAAAACUUAUUUACUGUCAGAACAUAAUUUAAUAGAUGAAGAAGAUUCUCCAUUAGAGUCAGUGGUAACAGAAAGUUCGUCGAAAAAAAGUUGUGAUUCUUCUAUAAAUAUGAACUUUACGUUGGAUGAAGCAAAAGACCAAUUAGGAACUGUCACGUCAUCAUUACCUGCAGAAAAUACGCGUCGACGUCAGAUGUCAACUUAUGAGAAAAUGAUGGCUCUGACAUGCCAAAAAUGCGGACAGAAGUUAGUGUUUGAUUUUCGGUUUAAAAAUCGUUGCAUGUUAACACGUCAUGCAAUUGAACAUAAGCGGGCUAACAAUCCAUAUAGAUGUAGUGUUGAAGGAUGUUUGGACUCGUAUGCUGAAAAACGAAAAUUAAUCGGUCAUUUGAAUUAUAAACAUAGUGAACUAUCGAAAGAAGAACGCGAAGCAAUGCUUGCAAAAGGAGAUGAAUUAAUGGGAAAGCUAAGAACUGUGUCAUUAAAUGGGUCAUUACCAUGUGGCUCAAGUCCAGUACCUCUCACUUCUUCAACAGUUGGUACUACUGGUCAGUCUGUUCCAUUAACAAUUUCGCCUUUAACUGAUCUUGAAACGGUUUCCAUUUCAAUUACUAUGGGGGAUUCAAGGGAUAGUCAGUCGGCAUUAGCAAUGGCUAUUCCUUCUGCCAGCAUUGGACUUUUAUCAACUAAUCAUAUUCUGAAAAAUAUGGUAAAUAGUGUUGAAUGUGAAGAAAAUGAAGUACUUCUGAAAAGGAUCAAGCGCGAAGUUCCUGAUUGUGAUGAAUCUUUUCCAGCGUCACAUAGUACAGUCGCUUCAGCAGGUCAUAAUCAUUUAACUGUGAGGAAUGAUCAAGAAAAAAGUGAGGAAAUUUCACAUUUGGUUAAUUCUUCUUUGUUGGGUGUGCUUUCAAUGAUUGGAAAACAUCAUAUUAAAUCAGAAAUUUUGGAAACAACAUAA